UCAGGCGGCGAUGGUCUCGAGUGCGUCGAGGGUCGGGGGCGGGUCGAGAGGGGCGGGGAGGGGAGGAUUUGUCUGUGUGAUGCUCUGCCUCGCCGGGCCGGUCAGCCGAACGCCUCCCUCGAUGGCGAUGGUCUGCAGCGUCCCUCCGUUGAGGUUGGCUGCCCGUCGGCCGGCGAUGUGGCCCUCGAUGAUGGCCACAAAGACGUGGAAACACCAACAAGGGAAGCCGAGAGGGUAUUGGAGAGUGAUGGACGUGAGCUGUCUGAGGUAUGUGGCCCAUUCCCUGACGAGGUCGAUGGUGGUCCUCUGCCAAAACAACCGCUGGUCUUCGUCGGCCGCGCUGAUUGUGAGGUGGUGCUGUUUGCGGGCCGCGUGUUGCCAUGUGAGUGGCGGCAGCUGCAGCUGGAUGAGCAGAUGGAUGGGCAGGAAGGCCAUGACGAUGCUAAGGAUACCGGGCUGCACACAACCAGACAGCACACGGCGCGACAUGUGGGUAUCCAUCAGUGGAUGCCCUCAGUGCGUGUGGUUGGCUCACAGGUGCGUUCCCCCAGAAGCGUCUUUCCCUCUCAGCCCGACGCUGCCGCUCCUCAUCGCUCUCACCACCAGCAUCGUCACCGGGCUGAGCAUUAGAGGAAGAGGCCACCAUUGUGGUGGGUGAAGCAACCUGCUACAAAUACCCAACGCACACAAACACGGCCGACAUCCGUCUGGUGAAAUGCGCCAUUCAUUGCCAGCGAGGCUGUGAUGCGCCUCACCUGUCUAUCGUCCACAAUGAUGGCUCUUGAUCUGAUUCAGUGGGUGCAAUGAGAACUCCAAUGCCUCCUCUGAGGCCGCUAAUUAACCACUGCUCACGGCUCUAUGACGUCCCUCGCUGACGGACAAACACACACAGCACAUGAGUGCGGCACCGAUGUGAAUUCGCCUUCUCUCUGCCCCUCCGCGCACCUCAGGAUGGACAGACGCGACGAUUCUUCUCAGUCAACUCAUCGAUCUGGGGCGAAGCAA